AGUUCGUGGCGCGCUUUUGCUUGAUUUGGCGCUUUGUUCUACAAAUAAGUUAACUUCAGGGAUAGUCAAUCACUUGCUGUUGGGUUGUCUGGCUGGCUUGUCUUUAAUCGGGAUUUUCUCUUUGAAAUAAAAAGGCAAAGAUGCAUGUAAUUAAGCGAGAUGGACGUCAGGAACGCAUCAUGUUUGAUAAAAUUACAUCUCGUAUUCAGAAGCUCUGUUAUGGACUCAACUCUGAUUUUGUGGAUCCUACUCAAAUUACUAUGAAAGUAAUACAGGGACUUUAUAGUGGGGUUACUACUAUUGAGUUGGACACCUUAGCUGCAGAAAUUGCUGCUACCCUCACAACCAAGCACCCAGACUAUGCCAUCUUGGCCGCUCGAAUUGCUGUGUCCAAUUUGCACAAGGAGACAAAGAAGGUCUUCAGUGAUGUAAUGGAGGAUUUGUUCAAUUAUGUGAAUCCACGGAAUGGACGUCAUUCACCAAUGAUCUCAAAGGAGACGCUUGACAUUGUUAUGGCUAAUAAAGAUCGUCUCAACUCUGCCAUCAUUUAUGACCGAGACUUCUCCUACAAUUUCUUUGGAUUUAAAACACUGGAGCGGUCCUAUUUAUUGAAGAUAAAUGGGAAAGUGGCGGAGCGUCCCCAGCAUAUGCUGAUGCGGGUGUCCGUGGGGAUUCACAAGCAACACAUUAAUGCUGCCAUCGAGACGUACAACCUUCUGUCGGAGAAGUGGUUUACUCAUGCCUCUCCAACCCUCUUCAACGCUGGAACAAACAGACCUCAGCUUUCAAGCUGCUUCCUGCUUGCCAUGAAGGAUGACAGUAUUGAGGGUAUCUAUGACACAUUGAAGCAGUGUGCCCUCAUCUCCAAAUCUGCUGGUGGUAUUGGUGUGGCAGUGAGUUGUAUCAGAGCCACUGGAAGCUACAUUGCAGGGACAAAUGGUAACUCCAAUGGACUGGUGCCAAUGCUUCGUGUGUAUAACAACACUGUCUCUUAUUGUAUAUAUUUCCUCUCUGUUCAGAGACCUGGUGCAUUCGCCAUGUAUCUUGAGCCGUGGCACUUGGACAUCUUUGACUUCCUUGAGCUGAAGAAGAACACAGGAAAGGAAGAGCAGAGGGCGAGGGACCUGUUCUAUGCUCUCUGGAUCCCAGACCUCUUCAUGAAGAGGGUGGAAAAGGAUUUGGACUGGUCUCUCAUGUGCCCAAGUGACUGCCCUGGUCUAGAUGAGUGUUGGGGUGAGGAGUUUGAAAAACUAUACGAAAGGUAUGAGAAGGAAGGCAGGGCCAAGCGUGUGGUAAAAGCACAGCAGGUCUGGUACGCAGUCAUCGAAUCCCAGACAGAGACGGGCACACCCUACAUGGUCUACAAAGAUGCCUGCAACCGCAAGAGCAAUCAGCAGAACCUUGGCACAAUCAAGUCCAGCAAUCUGUGCACAGAGAUUGUGGAGUACACCAGCAAGGAUGAGGUGGCUGUGUGUAACCUGGCAUCCAUUGCCUUAAACAUGUACGUCACUCCAGAGCGAACCUUUGACUUCCAAAAAUUGUCCUACGUCACCAAAGUUAUUGUCAAAAACUUGAACAAGGUUAUUGACAUCAACUACUAUCCAGUACGAGAGGCAGAGUAUUCCAACAAGAGACACCGACCUAUUGGCAUUGGUGUUCAGGGCCUUGCAGAUGCCUUCAUCCUGAUGCGCUACCCAUUUGAAAGUCCAGAAGCUCAACGUCUCAACAUUCAGAUCUUUGAAACGAUCUAUUAUGCAGCACUGGAGUCCAGCUGCGAGUUGGCAGAAGAGUUUGGCCCAUAUGAGACCUAUGAAGGCUCACCUGUCAGCAAAGGAAUUCUGCAGUAUGAUAUGUGGGAGAAAGUUCCUACAGACCUCUGGGAUUGGAAGGCACUGAAAGAGAAAAUUGCCAAGCACGGUGUGCGCAACAGCCUGCUCAUGGCCCCAAUGCCCACGGCCUCGACGGCCCAGAUCCUGGGAAACAACGAGUCGAUCGAGCCCUACACCAGCAACAUCUACACUCGCCGAGUGCUUUCUGGAGAGUUCCAGAUUGUGAACCCUCACCUACUCAAAGAUCUGACUGAGCGAGGCCUUUGGAAUGAGGAGAUGAAAAACCAGCUGAUCUCCCAUAAUGGAUCCAUUCAGGGCAUUGCAACGAUUCCAGAUGAUGUCAAGGAGCUUUACAAAACGGUGUGGGAGAUCUCACAGAAGAUGAUCAUUAAGAUGGCGGCUGACCGAGGAGCCUACAUUGACCAGAGUCAAUCCCUGAACAUCCACAUAGCUGAGCCCAAUUACGGCAAACUAACAAGCAUGCACUUUUAUGGCUGGAAGCAGGGCCUAAAAACUGGCAUGUACUACCUCAGGACAAAGCCUGCAGCCAACCCAAUCCAGUUUACCCUGAACAAAGAGAGCCUGAAGACCACGGAAAAGCAGGAAGAAAAACAAGAGUCGAAGGAGAAGAACAUGGCUGCGAUGGUGUGUUCGUUAGAAAACCGAGACGAAUGUCUAAUGUGUGGUUCUUAAACCUUUCUCGUAAUGAUUGUUGCCCUGCUGUGUCAUCUUGCAUCCAAAACAUUUGGCCUUGCACUGUGGUUGGAAUCACUUUUCAGGAUGACUCACCCAUUCAGAGAUUCUGCAUACUGUAGACAUUUGAUUACUAGGCUCCAGGUGUAUGUGUUAUCCAUAUUUAUCAUAUUGUAAAAAUGUUCAACAUAAAUUCAGCCAUAUUUUUAGCAUGCGUGGGCAUUUUCUGAUCUCUGCAUCAUAUGGUUUUUUUUAAAUGGUUGUCGGUUUUUUUUUAUCAAAUGUUUUUACUUCUUAUGAAACCUAAUAAAUAAAACUUACAUUAGCGCUUA